AUGGCGGAUAUUGCACUGCUAGUGGUGGAAGAGUACGAGAGGAGGAAGAGGAGAGAUGAGGAGCAGAUGGUGGGGAUCGGCGGCGUGGUCUCGUCUUACAUCUCGUCGUUGAGCAGGAGGGUGGUCUCUUCCUCCAUCAAGGGGAAGGCUGCGCAGGUGGGAGCGAUGGAGAUGGAGGGAUUCAGGAAGCCAGUUGCGCCAAAGAGCCCUUUGGCCCUCGCCGCCUUUGAGGGCUUCUUUCCCGCAUGA